GUGCGCGGCUCUCCGCCGUCCACACGAAGGCCCCCAACAAGCACGCGCGUCUUCUCCUGGUCUUCUGCAGCCUCCCCCCGCAGCCCCCUCCCCGCCCGGGUUCGCAUCUCCUGCUCGGGCUGCAGCAUGCGCUCGCCUCCGGUCCUCCUCCUCGCCCUGGUCCUCCUCCUCCGCGGAUGUUGCAGCACCUCCGAUGGAGGGGGGGUCUCGAACAACGGCACGGAGCACAUAGCGGAGUACCGGACGCGGCAGCACGCGACACACAACAACACAAUGAACAACAGCAACAACAGGGCGAAAACAGGCGGAAGGACAAGCAACACCGUCGCAUACAGCGCCUCGGAGCUGAGCUGCAGGGAGCUGCGUUCCUCUCGCUACAUCACAGACGGAUCCUGUCGCAGCGCCAAGCCGAUGAAGGAGCUGCUGUGCUCAGGGCAGUGCCUGCCAUCUCACCUCAUGCCCAACUCCAUCAGCCGCGGGAAGUGGUGGCGUGGCGGCACCUCGGACUACCGCUGCAUACCGGCACAUUCGCGGACCCGCCGGAUGCAGCUCCACUGUCCCAACGGCAACACUCGGACUUACAAGAUCCGCGUGGUGACCGCCUGCAAGUGCAAGCGCUUCCGGCCGCACCACAACCAGUCUGAGGCCAAGGAGCUCCCGCGGCCGCCGCGCAGCAAGAAGAACAGUCGUUUGUCUCGGGAGCGGAGCAAGAAUGACACGCCUUUGACGGGCAACUCAUACUGAUGCUUCCUUCGGCGUCUGAGGCCAAAGACACACACACAAACCAGCUGACCGACAAGCCAGGAGAUGCAAGAGACUUUUCACUCGAGACUGAAUUCAGAAGCUAACUGCUGGCCUGAGUUGAGACGUUUUCAGUCGACUAUCAGCGCAUUUGUGAAAUUUUGCAUGACAAACCUCACAAGUUGGGGCUCGCUAUGAGGAGACAUGGGACAUGUCCUCCUGAACUCUGAUAUAAACGCAUCUCGAGUGUAACAAACGUCCUGCCUGGGCCCUAAAAGCCACCUGUACAAACACGACUUCGCACCCCUGCUUGAUUUAAGGCCGACAAGGUGUUCCGAAGGGGCUGCAAUCCAUCUGCUUCUGCCGAGACGGGACGCUGGCAACUCGGAGGGUGCUCUGAUGGUGAGAUGGAGACAGCUUCAGUGAGGCCCCCACCUCAUCAGCGGUCCACAGAGCCCUUGAAGGGCCUCAGUAGCCCACAGCGGUCUCAGGCAGGGGCUCAUCUGUUAUGAGGACAAACUCCAGAGUUGGGGCAUUCCACAGAAUUCACUGAGGCUACCCUGGAAUGGACCUAUUCUGUAAAUUUACACGCACGACCACAAUGCUUCACCAUGUUCCCCGUCAUUUCCCAUUCAGGUGUUCAACUAAUCUUAACAACGUGGCCAGAUUUCAGUUAGCAAGCCAUUGUCGAGUGUAAUUCCCUGCCCAGACUGGGAGCGAUGUGAUUUCCACAAACAAACAAAUGAACUGCAUAUUUAUUUUCUUUUUCCACAUUUAAAUUAUUUAUGCAACCUUUUUAAAUAGUAAUCGCCAUUAUUGUUGUGAUGUAGUAUGAUGAUGAAAUGACUGUACAGUACAUGAAUAAAGUCAAUACACAUAUA